AUGCGCGUGUUCAUGAUGAUGUCGUAUAUGGUAGGACCAAACGUUGGUGAUAUCUUAAACAAUACCAAACAUGACGUCAUCGGAUCAGGGAACGGAACAGCUGAUUCAAAUAAUAGUGAUCUCCUGUUUUCAACUACGGAACUUGUUAUAGAAGGGCUAAUUCUCACCGUUAUUUGUAUACUUGCAGUGAGUGGAAACGCGUGUAUGUGGAUAAUAGUUAUUCGGAAUAAAGAUCUCCGCACCGUCACCAACUCUUUUCUUCUGACGCUGGCCGCUGCGGAUUUCCUUGUGUCGAUCAUUAACAUGCCAGUGACUAUUCUGACUAUUUUCAAAGGUAAAUGGGUAUUCUCGGACGGUGCGUGCACGGCUCUGGGGUUCACUAAUAUGCUGACGCUUGUAACAAGUGUGUUGUCUCUUUGUAACAUAAGCAUCAACAGAUACAUCAUGGUCUGUAAGCCUACCAAGUUUAAAGACAUUUAUACAACACGAAAUGCAACAAUUAUGAUUGCAGUAUCCACCACUUCAGCGUGCGUUCUAUCACUGCCCCCGAUAUUCGGUUGGACGGACUACAGUUAUGCUCCAAUCCAAUCAAUCUGUUUCAGCGACUGGGCCAAAGCACCUUCGUAUGCGAUCUUUAUGAUCACGUGCUGCUUUGGUUGUCCACUGAUUGUCAUGCUUAUUUGUAACAUCUUGAUACUACGAGAGGUGCGCAGGCGCAAUAGAAGAAUAAUGAAUCGAAAAAUUCUACGCUUUAAGACUGUUGUAAAUGUAAUAGCAGGGGCGAAGAAUUUAAACACUAGGAUGAAUAUCAACGCUGGAGUACCUACGUCUACAUUUACUCAAAUUGGUGAUGCAUCUGACUCUUCCGGAAGCGACACGACUACAAUUUGUAGCCGAAACGAGGUCAUAGAAGAAAAUCCCGUUAAUCUGAAUCAAACUGAGGAUGUUUUAUAUAAUGCCACACCGUUAGAAACAUUUGAGAUCAAAAUUACAUCAACAUCCACCGUAGAUGUUACGCAAAAUGAGAAUGUUCCAAACAAAAAGAAAAACAAAGCAAAAAAUCAACCAAUCAUAGCAGCUAGUCAGAACGAGGUUCAUCUCGCCCGGAUGUUGUGCGUUGUUGUAGUGGUAUUUGCUCUCUGCUGGUCUCCAUAUUGUGUUAGCAUGUUAUUUACAAUAUUUUGGGAAGAUGUCUUUCUUCCCCGUUCAUUCCACAUGACGACAUUAUUGAUAGGGUAUUUAAACAGCUCGUGUAAUCCUAUAAUAUACGGAGUGCUGAACAAACGUUUUGGAAAAGAAUUCAGGAAGAUUUUCUGCUUUUGGAGACUAUUUUGA